CCCACGCACAGGACGCCCCAGCUUCUCAAAGGUAAACACUGAGCCGGCCGGGCAGGGGGGGGGGGUUUGUUUAAACCCUAUUUUACACCAGUUUGUAAAGAGUGGACGAUAAAAAAAAAAAAGAGUGAUGCUGUUAAUGAAAGGUUAGUUGUGCGCGGCAGGCUCUUUGUUUGCUGAAGGGACCCGGCAUGGCGGCUUCACCGAGACCCGACUCACUUUAAAAUGUAACUGAGAGAGGCCGCGAAAUCAAAACCAGCAGCUACUAAACAGAAUCCCGUGUGCUGCCAUGGACAGUGUGAAGGUGGAAUCUGUCCAGGUUAAAGAGGACUUCUGUGAAGUAGAGUUUGACCUCAUGGAACCAGGGAAGGAAGAGUCCGAGGACUUCAAACCAAACAUCCCUGAGCUGGAGCCUGUACGCCUGCGGGAGUGUAGCGUGGUGCUGGAGAGGAUCUGCGUGAGAGAGCGAGGCGCUGGAGAGGAAGGCUCUCCCAACAGCACUCCAGGAGGUGGAAAGGAAGACGGGCGCUCCCAAUCAGAAUGCAGGCUAGCAGGUUCCAGUCCAGCAGCUAAAGAGAGGGCGGGCGCUGGAGAAUAUCCUGACUGUAGGAAAGGUUUCACAAGGUUAGGGAAUUUAAAAAUACACCAGCAAACUCAAACAGGAGAUAAACUAUAUCUCUGCUCGGACUGUGGGAAGAGUUUCAGUCAGUCAGGAACCCUGAAAGAACACCAGCGAACUCACACUGGAGAGAAACCGUAUCAUUGCUCUGACUGUGGGAAGAGUUUCAGUCAGUCAGGAACCCUGAAAGCGCACCAGCGAACUCACACAGGAGAGAAACUAUAUCUCUGCUCUGACUGUGGGAAGAGUUUUAGUCAGUCAGGAACCCUGAAAGCACACCAGCGAACUCACACUGGAGAGAAACCGUAUUGCUGCUCUGACUGUGGGAAGAGUUUCAGGCAGUCAAGCAACCUUGUUUCACACCUGCGAAUUCACAGAGGAGAGAAACCGUAUCGCUGCUCUGACUGUGGGAAGAGUUUCAGUCAUCCAAACAACCUUGUUUCACACCAGCUAAUUCACACAGGAGAGAAACCAUAUCGCUGCUCUUACUGUGGGAAGAGUUUCAAUCAUUCGAACAAUCUGAAAAAACACCAGCGGAUUCACACAGGAGAGAAACCGUUUCGCUGCUCUUACUGUGGGAAAAGUUUCUGUGUUAAACGAGGCCUUCAAAGACACCAGCUAAUUCACACAGGAGAGAAACCGUAUCGCUGCUCUGACUGUGGGAAGAGUUUCAGUCAGUCUGGGAACCUGAAAAGACACCAGCAAAUUCACACAGGAGAGAAACCGUAUCGCUGCUCUGACUGUGGGAAGAGUUUCAAUCACUCAGGAUAUCUGAAAAAACACCAGCAGAUUCACACAGGAGAGAAACCAUAUUGCUGCUCUGACUGUGGGAAAAGUUUCAGUCGGUCUGACAGCCUUUUUUCACACCAGAGAAUUCACACAGGUGAGAAACCGUAUCGCUGCUCUGACUGUGGGAAGAGUUUCAGUCUGUCAAAUAACCUGAAAAAACACCAGCGAAUUCACACAGGAGAGAAACUAUAUUGCUGCUCUGACUGUGGGAAGAGGUUCAGUCAGUCUAUCCACCUUGUUUCACACCAGCGAACUCACACAGGAGAAAAACCGUAUCGCUGCUCUGACUGUGGGAAGAGUUUCAAUAACUCAGGGUACCUGACAAAACACCAGCGAAUUCACACAGGAGAGAAACCAUAUUACUGCUCUGACUGUGGGAAGAGUUUUACUCGGUCAGGACACCUUGUUUCACACCAGCGAAUUCACACAGGAGGGAAACCGUAUCGCUGCUGUGACUGUGGGAAGAAUUUUCGUCUUAAGCAAGACCUUCAAAAACACCAGCAAGUUCACAUAGGAGAGAAACCUUAAAGACUGUGUUCAAAGGGACUUUUCACUCAUUGUGACUCCCUGUGUAAUUACUGUUCUGUGUGUCACACUUAACACUAGAACCUCUGAGAUUUCAGGCUACAUACAAAGCCGCACCCACAAAAUGUGCGACUCCAUUUUAAAACGGCUUUGAUAUGAAAAACAAACAAUCUGAUACAACUUAAUAUUUUUAUUUAUGAACAUACAUAACAUUUUCAGAGCAGAAACACCGUUUCACAUUGAAAAUUAAGCUUUUAUCUUUGAAAAAAUGAAAAAAACUCAUACAUAAACAUGAAAAACUAAUAAAAUAAACUUUACACAAUAAACUUCUAUGUAAACAGUUAUAGAAAGCUGUAUGCACAUAUAAAAUUAUAAAACAUAAAUAACUAGAUAUAAAAAAUAUCAUAAAACAAAAAUAUGACAACUUAUGCAUCGUGAAAGUGCUUUAAGUGAUACAGAGUUCAAUGUCUGUCUGUUCAGAGUUCUAUUACAAAUUUCUCAGUACAAUCUAUGCAGAAAACACAUUUUUCAACUGUA